AUGGUCGUAGCCCUCGGUGACAAAAUUCAAAUCAACGAUAUCAAGAAGUACGUCGGUGAUCGCAAGUUCGUGAAGUGGUCUCAAGAUUUCGGUCAAGAAAAGGCUGUCGAGUUUGUCUUUAUCCCAUUCAAGUGCCUCAAGGACGAAAGUGCCGGGUUCGUUGCUGUCGAGUUCGGAAGAAUCAAAGAUUUCCAAAAGCUGUGCCAUGAGAUCCCCGCCAACCCCGAUGACUGGGAAAACAUCCUCCCAUCUUAUGAGCUGACUGUUACCAACGAGUUCAAGUAUGGCCAAAACAACGAGCAAACCUUCCGAUUCUUGGUCUUCUUGAACCCCAGCUACAAGCCAUUCCAGCACCGAUUCACCUCAGUUGCUGAAGGUAGUGAGGCCAUGACUACUCUCGGAUCUUUGGUCAAGAAGUACGGAGCGUAUGCCGACAAGUUUGCCUACGCUGACGGAGCUAUGUCAAUUGCCAAGUCUAUUGUCGGAGAUGACUUGCGCACUUUUUAA